AUGGACCUUCCUGAGCCGCAGCGCGUCGACAAGGGCAAGGGCAGGGCCGUCGCAGCCUCGGAGACAACCCCUCUUCUGGCGUCGGGCUCGGUUUCCUCGUCUCGCAAUCCCUCUGUCGAGCCUCCACACGCGGCACGUCGACGGCUGUACUCGCGCCUUCUUUCCGUCUUUCUCGUCACUUUGUCCUUCUGCAUCUUCUUGUUUGCCGUUCUCGCCAUCAUCGCCUACUCAUGGCGCUCAAGAGCAUCCGACACGCACCCUGAAGAGAUCAUCAAGCGAGCUCUCGUCGUUCGCGGGCCAGACAGGGUCGAAGUUUUGAAUGCGACCAGCGAAGACGGCGUGUGGCUCAUGGUCCACGGAAGGAUGGGCGUCGACGCUGGGGGCGCCAUGGGCUUCAAAGCCGACGACGACGACACCGUCGGCCGGGAUUGGUGGAAGUGUAUCGGUCGUUGGGGUAUCCGCACUCUCGACCGGGUUACUGUUACUCUAUCCCCCAUCCAGGUCGCUUCUAGAGCACAUCCCAACAUCACACUUGUCACUAUAUCUGCACCUCCCCUUGAAGUGAUACUCACAGCCAACCCACCCCAAGAUAUCUCGUGGUUGACGCCUGUCCACAUCCCAGUGCGCAUACAGCCGACUCCAGACACCGAUGCCAUCGUCCAUUUCCUCAAGGAUAGCUGGAGAACCGGGUUUAUGAGUUUGCAGGGGCUUGUGGCCCAUGCAAAGGUGCGCGGUGGUGGACUGCACGACCAUGGGUGGCGAAGCCAGUUGGUGUUCGAGCAUGCGGAUGUCCGGCCCAUCGUCAACAUGAAAGUGCCUUCUCUUCCUGGACUCCCGAAGCCCGGAAAGAAUAACCCUUUCCCCGAGUUCCGUGAGCUCGUCACGCUCAAGGGCUUCGAGAUCGCAUCGGUGGACGGGACGAUUAUUCUCGAAGCCAAUGCCACUGCUAUCAACCCCCUCCCCAUGGAUUUGAUGUUCGAGGCUCCCGCUCUGCCUUUUAUGAUUUCUCUUCCCUCUUCCACGCCCAGCACUCCAAGUGUCACCGUAGCCGCGGUCCACUCCCUCCCAUUCACCCUCACCCGCCCGAACAUCACCUUCUCCAUCGCGGGCGGCGUUGUCCCCCUGCCGCGCAACUCCUCCGGUGCGCUCUCCCAGUUUGUCAGUGACUACAUCCAAGGCCGGGACGCCGACAUCCAAAUCACCUCCCCGCUCGCCCCCGGACUCGUCGUCAACACCACCUUCCCUGCCCCUCACCCUCGCCCGCAAAUUUUGCGCAACGUCACUCUCAAGGACAUGAAGAUUCGCCCCGUGGGCACAGCCAUGUACGCGAGCGGCGUCGUCCACGCCCUCGUCGUCCUGCCGCAUGGUAUCAACGUGGGCGUCAACGCCAGCCGAGUCUUCCCGGACGUGCUCGUGUAUGACGGGGCAGUCUCCGAGCCCACCGAAGGCGACCCUGACGGAGACCGCGACGAAGAGUUGCUAUCCGACCCGCCACCGACCCGCCCUCUUCCAGACCCGCUCCCGCCGCGCGCCUUUGCGCAUAUAGUCCCCGAAGACUGGCUUCCAGCCAACUGCGAGCCUAUCGGCAGGGUCCCGAACGCGGGCUCUGCGGUCGCUGUCACGGCCAAGAUCGAAGAUGUGCCGCUGAAGGUGCUCCCUGGGCGCGAGCGGGAGUUCAGCGACUUCGUGGGCAAGGUCAUUUUCGGCACCCAGGGCGCUUUGGCAGGCGUGCAGGGUGUCGCCGCCGUAGCCGUGCGCGUCGACGGCCUCCCGUUCGCGAACGGCAACGACGGCGAGAUGGAGCUGUCGGGGCUGCCGUUCCAGGGCAGCGUGCGGAUAGGGAAGAAGAGCGGCCUCGGGCACUUCUGA